UGCCUAUCUCUGAUAGACAGGCCAGGCCUGGAAGGCCACUGUGCGUUUCUGUGGGAUGAGGUAUCUGCUGUACUGUGCUAUAUUUACACUCAUGGGACUGCUGUUUGCAAGGACAAUGGCCUGGACUUCAAGUGGAAAGACGCAUCGUGAGCUAGUCAACAAUCUGUACAAAAAAGGAAUAAUUAAAUCCCAGCGGGUCUUUGAUGUAUUAUUGGCUACUGACAGAGGUCACUAUAUCAAGUAUUUCCCAUAUAUGGAUUCUCCUCAGUCUAUUGGAUACAAGGCUACAAUCAGUGCACCGCAUAUGCAUGCCCAUGCCCUGGAACUGCUGAAGGAUCAGCUUGUGGAAGGUGCCAAGGCAUUAGAUAUUGGGUCUGGAAGUGGAUAUCUUACAGCUUGCUUCGCCAGGAUGAUGGGCCCAACAGGGAAAGCUGUGGGUGUAGAACACAUUAAGGAGCUGGUACAUGAAUCCAUCAGAAAUGUCCAAGAAGAUGAUCCAACUUUGCUCAGCUCUGGCCGUGUAAAACUUGUGGUUGGAGAUGGCAGGCAGGGAUACCCUGAAGAGGCUCCUUAUGAUGCCAUUCACGUUGGAGCAGCAGCAGCAACUGUGCCGAAGGAGUUGCUGAAUGAAUUGAAGCCAGGAGGCCGGUUAAUAUUGCCUGUUGGUCCCGAGGGUGCAAACCAAGUUCUGAUGCAAUAUGACAAAACCAGCGAUGGGCAGAUCAUCGAAACACAACUGAUGGGUGUGAUCUAUGUUCCUCUGACAGAUAAGGAAAAGCAGUGGCCUCGGUAAAAGUUUGCUCUCCCUUGAGGAAUGUUUCUCCUCACAGCUGUCCCUGUGACCUUGCUUUCUUAGACUCCUGGCAUUACUGACAGACAGAUUUCUGGAAUCCUAGCAGAUGCUGUUUGUAAAAGACAGAAGAAAGAGGCUUAGCUGGUAAGGCACAGCAGGAGAGUAGCAUAUAUCCUGUGUUAGAUAGGGAUCGCAGACUGAGUGCUCAGGCCUCUUUUGGAAUCUGCCUGCUUUCAAAAACACUAUCUAUAUUCAUUUUUGUCACUGAGCUGAAGGCAAAUGUGUGAUAGUAACUGUUGGUUUUUCUUUGCCUCAGGGAUGAAAUCUGACGGAUGGAUAUGUCUAAAGUGACCACAGAAAGCUCAUGAAAGGGACUGUAGAUGUGUAUGGCUCUUUUUUUUUUAAUGGAAACUUUAUAAGUGGAUGUGCUUGCAGUUCUCCUUUUGAAGAGCUUGUUACAGAAGCACAGAGAAAGAGGGUAUUUCUCCCAGGGAACUAGAGCCUCUUGAAAUGCACGUCUGGUUCCAGUCAGCGAGUUGAAUCAGGGAAGUCCCAUUAUCCUCUUUGAUAAACUAUAAAUAACAUGUAUUUACAGAGAAUUUGCAAACCAGACAGAAAUGCUUAAAACUCCACAAUUGGUACCUCACUAAAAAUACUCUAAUACUGCCUCCUUCACCUAAUGCUUGAAGAAAAACAAGCUGUAACUGAUUUAUCGAAGUUUAAUUACAAGAGUGUGUUUUCUUCUCGACUACUUUAA